AUUGAGCGAAUUGUGGAUUAUGCCUAUGAAGUAGAUGAUUUGAGAGCAAAUGCUGCUACUGGAAAUGUGACAAAACCUGUCAAGGUAAUUAACUAAAGUAAAGUAAUUUUUUUCAAGAAGUAAAUGAAUAAAAACCUCAAGUAUUUUUUUUAUAAGUUAUAAGCUUUUAUUAUUUUAUAAAGAUAUUUAAUUUGGUAAUCUCUAACACUUUAUACUUUAUCUCUUUUAAUGUCCUUUUGUUGCAUACAAUUUCAAAGAAUUUUCAAAGCUAGAGGACUUACUAACAAAAGCACAAUACAGGUGCUCCAUGCAUACAAAUAGAUCCCACUUCUCAUCACAAAGACUUUUAAUCAUAAACCAAGACAAGUUAAAAAUGUUAAAAAGGUUUAAAUUUAAUGAACUUUCUUUUAAAAAAAAUAUUUUUUUAGCUUAAUUAUUCAUAUCAAAGAAUAAUAAUCAAAUUAUUUUAUAAUCAAGAUUAAUUAAUGUUUAAUUACAAUCAGUUUCAUUUAUAUCUCCAUUAAUUUUUUUUCUUUAUUAAGGUGUACAGUUUUGUGGCUGUUGACCAAUUUUUCAGCAAUGGUUAUGUUUUGUCUGUGGUCUUAUUCUUGGCCUCAGUGCUGCAACACACCUUGUUACAGAACCAUCAUUUUAUUGUCAUCAGAGAAGGUGUGCGAAUCCGAACAGCUAUGCAGGUGUGUUAA